AUGGCGACUCUGAGCGGACGACCCUGGUGUACACUCUGUCGAGUGGAGUACGAGAAGGAUGAAGAGGUGGCAAUCCCAUGGUUGGGCCCCGACGAUAUGGGUAUAUUCAGAUUCGUAUACCCUGGCCCCCAGCUGAAACAUCCUGAGCCUGAAAAGACGGACGACGACGACGACAACAACAACAACAACACCACCGACGACAACGACAACGACGACAACGACGACAACGACGACAACGACGACAACGACAACGACGACAACGACGACAACGACAACGACGACAACAACGACAACAACAAUAAUAACGACAACGACAACGAUAACAACAACAACAACGACGACGACAACAAUGCGGUCCAAUAUUCCGCUACGCGCUGGGACGACAUUCCCAUUGACGAAACCUUCCAUGAAGACUGUUUGAGAGGAAUUAGCUCUGAAACUCUCCGCAAACUCCUAUAUCACACAGCUUACACUUACAUUCCCUUGCCACUAGAGUUUGAACGUCGGCUUUCUUGGUUGAAGAACAAGUUUUCCCAGCCGUCAGACGCUUUGUACGGUAUGCCAGAUGAAAUGAGACACCACAUCGUGACCUUUGGCUUGUCCAAGCUCACCACAGUAUACAUACUGUCGGCUAAUGGUGGUCCCAAUGGCCUCACGCCGCUUUCUCUCGCAAGGCCCAUCUGGGCACAGUACGUCCCAUUCGAGGGCCGCUUGUACAUCUCGGCUCUGACAAACGAGCCUCCUGUCACUGACGAUACCGGAGCCGGACCCAAGGACAUGGUGAAGAUCCGGAUGCCAGAGGGACCUCUGGCCGCCAUCCACAUAGCUAUUGAUCAUCUCGGAGUUCGAAAAGUUGUGUUUGCUGCUGACAACAAAGUCGAUCCUUCAAACUAUCCAGUAGACACCAGCAUCGGCGGCUGGGUGAGCCUUCCGCUCAGUGGACUGACUCGCAUCCAGUGCGAGAGAGACGGGCUCAAACUCCGCCGCAUACUCUACCACGGAAUCGACGACGCCCUGUGGGGUACUCUUUGGCCAGUGCCCCAGCCGCAGCCCAACAACCUGAGGGUCUGGUCUCUCGACGAGCGCAGAACCCAGGUUCCAAUGAAGUAUCUGCACUUGAACAAGCCGGACGUCCGCGGAUAUAGCAUCUGCUGGUUCUAUGAGCUCAUGGCCAUAUGUCCUCAGUACGCUGACGGCGAGCCUUAUUAUAAAGCCUGGGAUAUUGAUCGCCCCAAGACCAUCUGGGCGUAUCUGCCUGUCGAUCAGGGCGAGACGAUUGUUGAACUCUGGAAAACAGAUGCAGCGACCAGCACGCUGUUGGUUUUGACGACAAGCCACGGCCGGACUUUGACACUGGGAGUCCGACCAAAACCGAGUGAUGCCGUCCGCACGUGGGUUCUUCAAGAUCGAAUGGAAGCAGAGCGCACUCUCAUGGCCGAAGAAUCGUGGUCCGGCCUUACGAGAAUGGCGUUCCCGACCCCUCGUCCAACGCAGCAAGGGACCCCUCCGACCAUCCUCCCCCCCGUCGAAUACCCCGAGUGCAUGCAUGAGCUCUGGUAUUCAUCAGUCAAGCUGACUGGGGUUGUGGCCAUGAGCAUCUGCGAAAUGCACGAUGUCGUCAUCGGUCUGCUGUUCUUGUAUGAGGACGGCCGCGAGCGAACGGUGGGUGAAGUCCGCUUUGAUCGUCUGCAGCCACAGAUUGAGACCAAAGGCACUCGAGGGGUUGUGUAUCAGGUGUUGGAGGCGGAAGAUACAAAGAGAAAGACUGUAGCUGAGCUUCGCACUGUGGACCCGGAGGAGACUGUUCAUUGUCUGGAGAGCGAGGAGACUGGACGUUACUUUGUGCCGUGGCGCGGAACUUGGCACUGGUGGUUCUCGUAUGAGGAGUGCAUGCUCUCGCACGAGGACGAGGUCGUUGCGUCAAUUGUUGAAGGCAUGUAG